AUUAAAAGUUGGCAUUGCUUAGUUGAGUUGUGCCAAAAAUGGCAGAAGGACAAUAAAUGUGUAGCUCUAGAUCUUGAUCUUUAUACUGAGAUCCCUGCUAUCUUUCGUGGAAAAAAAAUAAAAUCUUAUUACUCUUAUGAAACAAAUCCCAUAAGAUAACAUGUCAUUGAGAAUGGAGCCAGGUCAGAUGUACAACUCUUGGGCAGAGUUCAAAGAUGCGCUAGAUAGUCACUGCAGGGAACAUAAAGUACUCUUCAACAUCAGCAAUGCAAAGACUGUGGAGCAAGCCAAUAACAUGCUAAAAAAGAAACCUUACUUUGACAUUAAUCUCAAAUAUGCAUCAAUCAUAUUGGUCUGCAAGCACUAUGGCUCAUAUAAGAGUUUGAGCUCUGGGUUAAGGCCAAAACAAAGGAGCUAUAAGAUAAACUGUAAAGCUUACAUCAGCGUGAGUGCAUGUCGCAAGGAGAACUACCUAAUUAUUCGAGACUCAUACCACAUCCACAGUCAUCCAUGCACAGAAGAAAUUUACAACUCCUAUCCUGAGGUCAGGCGAAUGACCAAAGAGGAGAGAAAGAUGGUUGGCACUUUGAUGGAACUGGGGGUACCAACAUCCCAAAUAAAAAAUGCAGUAGGACGUCACGUGACACACAAAGAUUUGCAAAAUGCCAAAACUCACAUCAAAGCUGUCAAAAUGGGAGUAAAAAGGGAGGAUCAGUCCAACGGUCAGCGACGAAGAAAGACAUUUAAGGAACUGCGUGAUGAGAAAGAUGGAACUGGUCUUGAAGAUGGUGAAGCCCUAUCAGAGUCUGAUGAAGAUAAACUCCACGAGAGCACUUCAUUGUCAUCUACACAGAGCAUUCAGAACACUGCCAAGGAUCAGACUGAUGAAGACAUGUCCAGAGAUGCUACCAACACUGGUUACACAAUUACUGUUGGAGAAAUGGACUCCUUAAGUGAUGCCAGGGAUUCUUUAGGAAUGGUAGAAAUCUCAGGAAACUGUGAAAAAGACCUUGGAAAUUCUGAAAUGGGUGGAUUAACUGGCCUCUUGGCAGCAGCUGGACUUAGCUCAGACUCUGUAGUCUUGACUGUCAACAGCCAAGGUCAUACAGAAAACAAUGGCAUUGUUGAAGCCAAAAAUUCUUACACAGUGACAGUCUCUCUACCCGAGGGGGAUGUCACACAGACAGGAACCAACUUACAAGAACUGCUCAAGGGUCUUCCACUUGGUAAGGUUGUUCCGAAACCAUUGUCAUUGCCUGAGUCACCUGUGAAAGUUAAAAUGGAGGAUGUGGGUUCUCCAGAGGUGAAAGGCUGUAUAAAAUGUGGUGGCUACAUUUCGCCACUAGAUGGCCAUGAGCAAUGUCUGUCUUGUCUUGGCCCAGAGCACAUACAUGAGGUCAACUGUCAACAUUGUUUGGCCAUGUCACAGGAACAGUUCAAUAUCAGAAGGAAGAAAAUGGUGGCUCUCAGAAUGAAAGCCCUGAAAGAAAUGCAGCGCAAGCGUAAAAAUGACACAGAGCAGCAUGAUUCUGACUCUGAUUACUCACCAGUUGUGAGGAAAAGCAAACGCCCUCGAAAACCUGUGAACUUCGGACCAGACAUGUAUGUCGAUGAAACCUUUCUGUUUGGUGGCAACAAUGACUCCAAGACUGUUAAAAGAAAUGAUAUUGACUCUUCAAAGCUGUAUGCAGAAGAGAGCAGAGAUAUGGACUGUAUACCCAAAAUAGAACCACUUGAUGAAGAAAGCACCCAUUUUUGUCAUGAAAGCAAUGAUUUUAAUCCUUUUGAACAAUAUCAUACUAUGCCAUCUCACAAUAGCCAAAGGUUUGACCACAUACUCUCACAAGCUAAAGUGUUUGAGGAUGUCACUUUGAUGGAAAGUGGGGAAGGGUCACUACGUUUUUCACCAAGUACAUCUAUAUGCAGUGAAUUUCAAAAAUCCAUAGCCAUUCCUGAUUUGCCACCAUUUCCCCCUACUGUGAUGGGUAAAUAUAUUUUACAUUCAAAAUUUGAGCAAGCGUUCUGUUCAGAACUGCCGCCCUUGUUAGGUGUGACAGAUCCCACAGUAGAUGUGAUGGGGAAAGGUUUGGCAAAACUUGCUAAGAAUGCUGCUGUUCAAACCAGAUUAGCAGUAUAUGACAAACUUUUCACAAGAGUUGGAGUUGGAAUGGCUGAUGAAGCACUUUCUAUCAUUAGUGAGCUUUAUGGUAAAGUGACAGAAGUUACAGAGAUCUCCCAAGAAGAUUUAACCAGCAGCCUCCAGACAGCAUUAGAUACCAUUCAGGCUCUGAAAGAUGUUCUGGAGGAGCUAGGUGUGAUGUCUAAAGAUGCUAUCUCGACAGCCUCACACCAGAGGAGCAUUUCAUUCAAUGCAUUGCAGGCUGCACGGAAAACUCUAAUACCGCACAGAAUUCCCAAUGAUGAAACGUCACACCGGCGAAGUAAAUUCCAGCCCUUCUCCAAAGCAAAAGUCACAACUAAAUCUAGCACUGAACUAAGUUCUCUUAACAAAUCAACUAGUUACAGAGGUGCUGACUUUUCUUCUCCAAUGUCACCUGCUUUCAAGCUAAAAGAGUUGGCAGAACGAAUCUCUGCUGGCCAAGCCAACUCAAACAUUCAUGUAUCUGGAUUACCAAUGGUUACAUUAGCAACAUCUCAGGAUGGUCUGGAUGUUAACCCUGAAAUCUCAACUGCAUUUAUUAUGUCAGGAAAAGAGUUUACUGUGGGUCCUUUAAAUGGAGAUUUACUACAUAGUAUAAGCACUAGCAAUGAAGGGAUCAUAGAGCUUCAUGUCAUGAAAAAUUCUGAGGAUUUGAUAGAUGCUGAAGAAGCAGCUGUUGAAGAAGUGAUACAAACAGACUAACGGUUUUAAAAAGUUAAUGGUACAAUCUUUUUUUUGUGCAAUAGUGUAAUUAUUUAAUGAAAGACAUUAUAAUACCUGCUUUAAAUUAUGAGAGUCCAAAGUUAAAACUAAACAGCAUGUCUGAUCUGUUUGAGCAAGCUUUUCUUUGUCAUUAUUUAUUGUUUAACAUGAAAUAUUCAUGAUACUAGUACCGGUAUAUAAAGUUUUAAUGUAUAAUUUUUGUAUAUAUUGUAUAAUAUUAUUCUGUUAACCAUUCACCUUGAACUAAAACGUUUGUUGGAUCUUAUAUAUGAUAUCUGAAUAAAUGACAAAAAUUAUAUAUAUGGGAUUGAAGAGGUGUUGUAUUUUUUUAACUGUUUAUUUUAUAAAUUUUUGACAUUCCUUCAGAAAUGAAGAUUGCCUCCUAGUCCAAACCUCUUGCAGGAAAGUAGCAGACAGGGUUCAAAGUCUGGACCAGCGUGAUGAUAGUUUCAAGUACAUGCCACAUGACCAGGCAGUGACCUUUUUCCUGUUCUUAGAUAACAUUAAGUUGUAAUCAUAGGAUUUCGUAAUGUUAUGAUUUACAUAUUGUUUCUUUAAAAAAGAAAUUAAUCACUUUCUUUUUAAUUAUUAAUUACUAUGCUACAGUAGUGGCUAAUAUGAAUUAAGGUUUUGCCAUUGAGUAUCCUUGCACACUCAUACAACACUUAUUUUGUAUGUGUUUGUUGCAGCAUUUGGAAAAACCAAUUCCUUGAUUAAAUGGU